CGCCCUCCGCCUCUUCUUCUUCACUUCGUCCUCACAGGUUGCUGAGAGUUAGAUGGUGUAAGACAUUAGCUGGAAACCAGCAGGAUUUUUGGUUUCUUUCACCGUUUGAGCGAACGUAUAUUUAUUCCGGUGACUCUGCAGCGCAGAUAAAAUGUCGUCGUGGACGAAGUCGUCCUCAGGAGGCCGGCGCUCAAACUCGAACCCAAAUGGAAGUUCUAAACAACGGCGUGCCUUUCGGAGAUCAGCACCGUAUUCAUCCAGAGAGGAGAGGACCGACGACCACAAGGAUGCACUGGACAGUUAUGAAGAACUAGAGCAAAUGCAAAACUACAGUGGAGGUGUGACCUUCGAGGGUUACACGCAUCAGCCAAAUGCUGUGGUUAAACCUCCAACCAAAUCAGAGGGCACUCCAGCAGACAGACGCAAAACCCUGUAUCAGAAGUUCUACAAACAGGUGCAGGAGGAGAGGAAGCCGGCAGAUUGUGUGGUCCUGUCUGUCACCAACAAAAUCCUGGAUUACCCCAAAUCGCUAGGCCAGUGCUUGCAGGAGCGUGGCCUGUCAGUGGAAAUGCUCUACCUUCAGGCGGAGUCGGGCCUGACCCGUGCCCUACAGGAUGUCCGAUCCGACGGCUCCCCCUUAUGUAUUCUGGUGGAGCAGACAAACAUAGCUCUGUCCUCCUGCACUGUUAUCAUAUUCUCAGAAUCCCUCAAAAUCCAUCGUAACAUGCCCAAAGACCAGGCCAUGGACUUGGUCGUAGCAGAAUACAAUCGUGGUUUUGUCAAUGAGCGGCAGCCCAGGGACCCUGCAGACAUCGCAGCACAAGCGUCGCAGCUCCUGGAUGACUUUCUGGACCGAGAAAAGGUCGGACGCCACGCUGUUCCGUCUGACACCCGUCACCUCCUCAUGCUGUUGGCCGAGGGGGUGCACCUCUACCCCGAGGAGCUGGAGACCAUCACAGACUACGUUCGUUCCAGGCAGGAUUACAUAAGAGCCUCCAACACUGAAGGCGACAGGGGGAAUAUGUUACCCCCUGGACUGGGGAAACCACCUCCUUUGCUUCCUACUCCACCCGGGCCACCUCAGCUCCAGGCUUUAUCUGGACCAGGAGGAUCCAUGGGAGACCUCUCACCACCUCCACCUCCUUUUCUGUCCUUACCAGGCUCUCAUCUGAAAACCAAACCCCCUCCACUGCUGUCCAUGCAUCACCCUCCCAGUCCGUCUCUCCUCUCUCCCAUUCUCCGGGGCUCAUCUUCUUCUCGUGUGCCCUUACUCCACCCUCCUCCAUUCCAUCCGGGCUCUAGGGCCUCACACGGACCAAGAGGAACCACUCCUCCCUCACUGAAAAGCCUGCGACCUCCACUUUUAUCUCUCCCAGGCGGCCCACUACCACGACUGAGCGGCUCUCGACACUAAGAAAUGACCGAUGAUCCACACACAUGCUGUAAAACAGACAGGCAGACGAGGCCCGAGGCGUUUUGAACAUUUCAAUCCAUUCUAGAGCAAAACACACCGGCCUCUCUACGAUACUGUAUUAAUAUUCCAGCAACUUUGCCUUUUUAAAUAAAAGUAGGGAGCCAG